GGCUGAUGACGCAAGAGCCCGCGCUCGACGUUUCAGCGAUUGGCAAAGCGGGUUGAGGGGAAGAGUUGGGGUCCGGGCGUGCCAACUCUGGGAGCACCAGGUUGAGAUAGGUCGGCCAACCAGUGAGAUACUUCAGAAUAACAGAAGGCAUGACCAUGUUUGCCUCAGCUCUUUAUAAGAGUGAAGUUUCAUUGGAGUAAUGUAAUUUCAAGAUGCCAGGGCGUUCCAGUUCAAAUUCAGGUUCAACAGGUUUCAUAUCCUUCAGCGGUGUAGAGUCUGCUCUCUCCUCCUUAAAAAACUUCCAGUCCUGUAUCAGCUCUGGAAUGGACACAGCUUCUAGUGUUGCUUUGGAUCUUGUGGAAACUCAGACUGAAGUGAGCAGUGAAUAUAGUAUGGACAGGGCGAUGGUUGAAUUUGCGAUGAUGGAUCGGGAACUAAACCAUUACAUUAAGGCCGUUCAAUCUACAAUAAAUCAUAAGCCAAACUUAUCUUUGUCGAGUCCAGCUGUCACAGGAACAACACACAAGGCAGUUAAG